AUGCGAGCCGAUCUCAGGCAGCGCGCUAUACCAGACACAGUCUUGGACACAGCAGCUGCGGAUGGGCCAUCGGUGGACGAGAUGAAGAAGUACAACAACAGCUUAACCAAAGCAGGCAAUGCGCUAGACACCUUCUUCACCCCACGCACACUGGAUGUGCUGGUGCUGGCCACAGCCACGGAUCCCAAGAAGACUAUGGACGCGUUAAGGUUGAUGAAGGAUGUUGCAGAGACCUUCGAGCUGCCAAUUACUAUGCACACCCUGGCCAUUGCGACUGCGGCGUGUAUGCGGGCGAUAGAAACGCCGGCGUCUCAGUUCGAGGGCCAGGAGUGGUAUCCGGCGAAGCUCUGGGUGCAGAUGGAGCAAGGGUUGGCAGAACAUCAGCAGGGAGUGGUCGACAGUGAACUCUCGCUGGAUGUGCUGAACCUGGCCAUCAAGCACAAGCGGACGGGUACUGUGCGAUCGGUUGUUCAAAGUAUUCUGUCACGGGAUGUAGAGCUUGAUCUAGGGACAUUCAUCAAAAUCUUCACACUAGCAGCGAACAUGCAGGACGGCACGCUGGCUGACUGGGCUCAUCAGAAACUAGAGAGACGUAACAUGAACAUGUCCGACCCCUUUGUGACGGGGGCAAUGGCCAACGCGUACUUGUCCACAAGGAACUACUGCAAAGUGUUUGAGAUAUACUACUUUGAGAAGAAAAAGCGAGAGAAAUCGACACUCCACAAUACCACAUCGCCAGAAGACUCUGUGAAGUCGCCAGAGCUACUUCAUUUGCCCGGUCUUUUAGCCAUGCACCACUGGGAUGGUAGCAACGCAAUGGAGGCGGCCAAUCAGAUCCUCAGAUCUCACCAGUCGGCCGAUGCGAUUUGUAAUCUGCUGGAAGGCGUCGGAAAGCAUUUCAAGUUACAUCCCGAUCGAGGAACGGCAACCGCAGUGGAGACUGUCGCGCUCCUCGUGCAGACGUUUGCAUCCGACCCACAGCACAAACAGUUGAUGUCUUUGGAUUCGGUAGAGAGGCUCUUCUCUGACGUGUUCCACAGCAACCCCACCAACCACACGCGCAUGUACACAUUCGCCCUGGGCGUACUACCAGAGCGUAAUGAAAAGCUGUGGGCCUGGACCAGAAUGCUUGAUAUUGCGGCCACCUCAGCCGCCAAUGGCGACCUCGCAACACUCACCGAACUCGUCGAUGACGUACUACCCAUGAUGGAUGGCCUACAGUUUACCUUUGACGACUUGACUCAACUCGACACCAAGACGCGACUGCACGCGGGAGAAAAGCUAGAGGUCUGCGAGAAACUACUCGACGUGGAUCAGGCGCAUCGGUUGUUCAAAAUGUUCGGAAUGUCCGAGUGAUAAAGCCUAGUAGCCUCGCACGCACAGUACGUAGGAGAUACGUUAAGCCUAGUAGCCUCGCACGCACAGU